AUGUUUAAAAAAAUUUACGAAUGCAAGUCGAAUGAUGAAUUUGUAACCAUUGAGCGAUGUGACAUGACUGAUGGGAAGCUGUGUUUGAUUACGGACACGAUUAAACCAUUAAUUAAGCCGCAUUUUGAAAUCUGCUUCAGUAAAUCAGAAAAUUCAAAGUUUCGUCAAAUUGGAAAAUGCCAGCGAUUUGAUGCCUGCACAUUGACCAACCCGAAUACUAUGAAUCCAAUGAUGAGAAGACUUCACAGUUACUGGAAGAAAUUAGGAUUCUUUACAAACUUAGCUGGAUGUCCGCUUACAGGACACUUUGAGACAUGCAACAUUAAUCUUGACACGAAUUUAUUGACUUUUCUGCCAAAAGGUGUCUUGCUGUAUACAAUGAGGUAUGAUAGUGAUGGUAGAUUUGUGCUUAAUAUGUCAAUGCUUUUAAUUAAUACUUAA